GUCAUAGAUAAGUAUGUAUAUGAUUCGAAUCUACGUCCAGUCUUCACUAUCGUCCGCCACUAAACAACUAGUAGCGUAUGUGCCACCCUCGCACGCCAUAUCGAAGGAAUAUUCUCUCAUCUCCAAGAUAAUCAGACAACGUCAAAAGUGAUUCCCUAGCGCAGUUAUCCUUGUUGUGAUUCGUACGCAAUCUAUCUUACAGAUGAUGUAUUUGCACCCAAACUUGAAAUACCACAAGUUUAAGAUCAGUUGACUCCAGUCGACCGAAGAGCAUCACUCAGCAACUCAAUAACUGUCCAGCUCCCACCAUAUUCGUGCUUAAAUAGGACCUGUGAGCGUAUCUCAGCAGAAUCUCGUAUUCUUAUCCAGUGAACCUCCGAGCUCACCUUGACUUCGAACUUCCAGUAUGCCUGUCCCCGUCCCCGUCCCAGAACUCGGGUCUUACAACUAUGUCGCUGAGACCAAGGCAAACCUCGACUGGGCAGACCUAGUCACAGUGGACCUAGGUGAAAUCUCGACCCCUGAAGGCAAACGCGCGCAAGCAGACAUCCUCCUUUCUGCAUUGAAGGAAAAAGGGUUCUUCUAUGUAAAGAACUUUAAUAUUUCCCAAGAACGAGUAAACAGGCAGUUUGCGUUGGGCAAAGCGUUCUAUGAUCUUCCACAGGAGGAAAAGGACGAGUUUGCUGUGAAGGGGGUAGAACAAGGGAAUUAUAAUGGAUAUGUAGGAAAUAGACAGCGCGUUGUCAAUGAGAAGUCAGGUCUGCGAAGUAGAGUGGAAGUGUAUAACAUACCAAAGUUCAACGGCGAUUUCGAGCACCACCAUCCUGCCAUGAUCGAGGAACACAUUGAAGAAAUCGAGGAAUUCGCAAGGUCCCUCCACUCCGAAGUCCUCGAUCCUCUGUUUGUCCUUCUUGCUCUAGCAUUGGAGUUGCCGGAGGAUUAUUUCACUAAAAUUCAUCAAUAUCCUGUGAAAAGCGAGGAUCACCUUCGAUAUAUGAAAUACGGCAAAUACACACCUGAGGAAAACAAGUUGAUAGAUAAUUGGGUCCAAGGACAUACCGAUUUAGGAUCUUUCACCCUCCUCUUCCGUCAACCCGUGGCGGCUUUACAAAUCCGUUAUCCCUCGACGAACGAGUGGAAAUGGGUCAAGCCACAAGACGCGACACUGACUGUGAACGCUUGCGAUGCAUUGCAAUUCUUGACUGGGGGUUAUGUGAAGAGUACUAUUCAUCGAGUUGCCGUCCCGCCCAUUGAUCAACAGCAUGUCGACCGUUUGGGGUUGUUGUAUUUCUCCCGGCCACACAACGACAUCCCGCUAGCGACUAUCAAGGACUCCCCUUUGCUUCAACGAGAAGGGUACACCGGGAACGACUUUGAGGUUAGUGGGCACCCGGUUCCCACUAUGGAAGAAUGGACAUUUGCGAAACAGAAAUGGCAGAGGACUGGAUAUGAUAAGCCAGAGCAUAAAACGGCGCAGAUUUUACCAGGGUGGAAGGAAAAGGUGUACGCUUGAGUGAGUUUACAGAAUAGCUGUGGACGUCAAGGUUUUCGAGCGUUCCAUGGAAAAUCUGUAACGGUUUUGGUCGUUUCAUAGUCGUAAUUUUACUGGAGAGAUACGUGGGCCUUGGUUGUUCUAGCUCGAGUCAUUUACUCUAUUGAAGUUGUAUAAGGACUAGUAUGCAUCACCAGGAUUUAUUGAAACGCACUGCCUUAAACACUGAGCUUGUGCGUUAGUCAAACACCGGUGCACUUUUCCGUAAUGAUAGAACUCCAAACAGUUUC